AUGCUCAUGUUUGGAAGCACCACUGUCCUAAAUGUGUUUACUGGUUGUGGGCACUCAAACUUUGGCUUCAUGCCUGAAGCUCACGGCUUGGUGGGCCUUGGAGGAGGGCCACUUUCACUGGCUACUCAGCUUCGGGUACAUGGAUGCCUUCUAGAUGCUGUGUUACCUAUGGGAACCACAUGGAUUCCCUUGUUUUGCACCCCAAAAAUAGAGACUUAUUACUUUGUUGGGCUCUCGGGCCUUGGGAUUGGAGACAUGCAGCUACCCAUUCCCCAAAACAGCUUCAAAAGAGGUGCAAUCAUAGAUUUGUGUACAGCAUACACUCGCCUACCGAGGCUUGUUUACGAGGCUUUUCGUAAUGCCUACCUUGCAAAAAUCGUAAUUCUUCCUCAGGCUCCUGUGACCUCCAUGCUUGACUCGUGCUACAACCUAUCCAGCUUAGAGUCGCUUGAGGUUCCAAAUGUAUCAUUCUUCUUCUUAGCUGAACCAAUUCUAACAUUGCUAAUGUGGAACAUUCUAGUUGAGCAAGAAUAUUUUGCUAGUGAGGGCAUUUUCUGUUUUGCAUUUGUCCCUACCAAUGAUACUACAUCUGUUAUUGGGAACACUCAACUAGUUGGAAUCUAUACUUCCUUCGAUGCAGAGGUGGGAUAUGUGGGAUUUGGUCUGAACAUUUGUGGUCCUCUGAAAAUUUCUCCUCUUUGUCAUGGGCAUUGA